AUGGCUCGGGCCACAGCAACCAUGGGGGAAGACUACAACGACAGCUGCAGCUGUAUGCCAUUCAAGAUGCUCAAAACACGCUUUCGGGCAAGGCUAUCUAGCUUGAAGCAACGACGAGCAUCCAGUAUCGACAGAGCACCACCUACGACCUCCAGACUCACAGAGACAAAACGAUCGACGGCAUCUCAGACCAGUGACGACAGCUCUUCCACUGUUGUAGCUACUCCCAGUCAGGCGGAGAAGCUCAGCAACAAUGAUCUGGAUCUGGCCCGACGCAUUCUAGCCAUCAUUUGCCGCUACAAGCUGCCAACUCGGAAAGAACCGCUGCACGAUGCGGAAAGCAGACACCUCGAACAGAUAUGUGGCCUCGUCUCCAGAUCCGAGCCUAUACAAAUGUGCUUGCCAGCAUUCCCGUUCAAGUCGCCCAACACCAGUACCAAAGUCCUUGGUCAUCUGCCGGACAAAGCUGAAGAGUUCGGCUUGGCUCAUCUCAAUGGCCUGUGCGCUGCGAUCGUUCACAUCUACGAGCCCGGUGCCAGCCUCAUGAUCAUUUCAGACGGCCUGGUCUACAACGAUCUCCUGGGCGUUCCUGACAAGAAUGUCUGGGCCUAUGGCCAAGCUCUCCGUGACAUAGCCACCGAGCAAAAUCUCAAGCACAUCCACUUCUCGCGUCUCCGGGACCUGGCCAAGAUCAAUGUGCCAGACAAGCUAGACCAAAUCACAUAUACCUCGAACGCCACGAACUUCCGACACGCGCUGCUUUCACAGUACAGUGACCCUGAGUUUGAUGCCACGGUACGGAUACACGAGGACGAGAACACCUGCCUUACUUACCGCGGCUACCUCAAAUUCCUUGCAACGGACCUGCAGGACGUGUAUCCAGUGGGAGCUGAGCGUUCCAAGUCGCAGUACAAGAAGGGGUUUGAAUACAUCGCCAAGCAAAUGUUGUUUAGGGGAGAUGCAUUUGCUAGAGCUGUUCGCGAGACCUUUCCAGACCACGUCAGGUUAUCAAUUCACCAGACACAAGACACGGAAUGCAAGAUUUCCAUCAGUCUUCUGCCCACCGGCACAUCUUUUACAACUCCAUGGCACUGCUGCAUUGCAUUCAAUCUGGACGGCAUGACCACCACAGGCCAUCACGCAACAUUCGACGCUGACGAUCGCUAUGAGCUCAUACACAAGAACGGCCGCCCAAGCUUCUACCUCGAAAAAUCUUUCCUUCUCUCGUGGGGUCAGGACCGCGGCGGCAUUAGCUGUGAUCCUCUCUAUCCAGCGGGUCUCAUGUUACGCCCGUCUAUCGAGGACGUAGAUGGUGCGAAAGUACGAGCUCUAGCACAGCAAAACUCUCCUGUCAUCCUACGAGACUUCGCCAAGACUCGGGAUCGCGAACUCUUCGUCCAGGCUUCACAUCGUAUGGGCACACCCACGGGCUGGAAGUUUGGUCUCGUUCUCGAAGUCAAAGACCAAGGCAACGACACUCGCGGCUUGAACAACGUCUUGUCGUCCGAAUGGAUGCCUUUCCAUUACGAUGGUCUCUUCAAGACAGAGAAGCGUGCUCUGCCCGAUGGCUCAGAACAGCUUGUACCUACGCCACCCAAGUUUCAGCUCUUCACAUCUGUGACGACUAGUCCCAAAGACACUGGCUUCACGCUAUUCUCAACCUCCACGCUGCUGUCCAAGUAUUUGCCGAAAGACCUACCAUUGGAGAAACUGAAGACUUUGACGUGGAGCGUCAGUACAUCUUCCUUCAACGCAAUAGCUCUGCGUAAUCUCCCACUGGUUGUGGAUCACCCUGACACGGGAAAGCCAUGCUUACGAUUCCAUGAGCCUUGGCCGCAGGAGAAGACCAGAUUCGACGCUACGGAUAUCAACAUCGAGAAUGCCCGCGGUAUCAGCGAAGACGGGACAGUGUGGACUAGUAAAGAAAUCUGUGAGAUUUUGACGGACCUGUUGCAUGAUCGCAGGGUCUGCUGUUAUCAUUCUUGGGAGAAAGGAGAUUUGUUGGUGAGCGACAAUAUCCUUGCACACCACACAAGGAGUGACUUCAAGAGUGGUAGUGAGAGGGAAUUGUGGAGGAUACACUUUGAAUAG